AUGGAUACUAAGAUCGAGAUCGGGCAGGAGAACAUUUAUUUCGAAAUGGAAUCUAAACAGGAACAUAACGCCGAAACCUAUGACAGUGUAGUUUUCAGAAAGGACACUCCACAGGUAAAACCAAACGUGGAAACACAGCCGUAUAAAGAUCCUGAUACAGUGAAGCAUAACCCAUUAUUCUUUAUCGCAUCUGCCAUCGCUGUUGCUUCGCUCUUAACAGCCCUUGCCACUUUGGUUUUAGCUGUGGCAAUCAUGACGACACGGAGCGAGGUUUCAACAGGUAUGGCUGCCAUUGCUCCUUCCUGUUGUAAGUAAACAUUCGUAGGUCUUGAUUCGUUGAAGUUUUAAAAGUGGCAUUAGUGAAACGCGUACGACACGAUAAAGCAAACAAUAAUUUACUUCGGUCUCGACCAUUUAAUUUCCUGUCCGAAGAGAAAAUUAGAGAAACUUUUUCGAUAUGAUUUGAGUAUUUUUAUUAUUAAGAUUCUACGAAAUUGGGUCAAUAAAAGCCACGUUAUAUUUUUAGUAAAAAGCCCAAUUUAUCAACCAACUACUAUCGCAUAAAAUUUUCAUCUCCAAAUUAAAAAAUAACUUCUUGAAGAAUUUCGUACGGAGUUUGAAAUAUUUGACCUUUAUUUACUAGAGCUUUCUCCGCACUGAUGAUUAGUGUAGGAUUUCAAGUCCAAGAAAAUGACAUUGCUUACAAGGGGCAAUCUGUCUAUCGUGGUACUUAGUCGUAAUCAUGAACAACAUUGGCAAUUCUAUUAUGUCUGCAUGAUUUGAUAUUUAGAUGAAGCUAAGUUGUGACAACUGAGCGUUGAAAAACAUAUCUCUUUAACAGUAAACUCGUUUGCUCACAUACAACUAGGAUCCGUGAGUGUGGCACAUCAAGCAUAUUGCUGUAAAAACAAAUUUAAUUAUUCUUGAGCGAAACGCCAAUUUAAAAAGAGAAAAAUAAAUAACUGAAAAACACAUCACUCUUGGAUUGAUAAAUCACAUGUAUGGGAUUGUGUGCAAUGGCCUUAUUUAUUGCUAUCUCAAACACGCGAGGGAUGAAAGCGAAACAAAGAAAAUGUUCGACAAAAAGUCAUGAGAUUUAUUUGUUUUGAUAUAUCACACAAGAAAAACAAAGGGUUAUGACUUAAGGUUUGCGCAUGUUAAAUCCAUUCUAACUUAAUGUGUAGUGUGAAAAAAAAAAAGAAAAUGAAAGAAAGAAAGAAAAAAAGAACGCGUGGAGGGGGAUAAGAAGAAACGCCAGCAACGGCAAAGCAGAGAGGGAGCCAGCUCUUAGCCUGGCUCACAUCCGGCAAUACCGUGUCCGCAUGUAGACAUACUGUUUCGAACGAGAUCAACCAUCUUCGCAUUCACAUCACCCUAUGAUCAAAAUCAUCGCCAUCUCCGCCUGCGUAGGGAGAACUUCACCAUCAUCGUUCCUAUCUAAACAAAAUAUAUAAUUAGUGCUAACAGAAAGUAUAAUUUGGAUGUUGCCGCUUUGGAUUAGUGAGAUGGAUUAGUCUACGCGGGGUGAUUUACUGGCUUUGAGUUGUCGAUAUCCUUUACAGUAUCCAUUUACAAACAGGCCUGGAUCAUAAAAAAGGCCAACACAAGGGUUAGAUCAGUCAAAAUAUUUCCGAAUGUGUUCUUACUUUAAAACCCAGCCUCAGCUUAUUAUAUAUUGUCGCCUAUUAUCACUUUGGCUGAAAUAGCAACAUACUUCGAAAGCGAAAGAAAAUGUGGUGAUUAACCGGCCAAAACGUGUCCGCACACAUUCCAAAAUCGAUCAGCUUCGAUUACUCUAGUUUCUUUAAUUGUAUGCCUCAGAAAUUUGCUGAAUGCAGCAUUUAAUUAAUAGUCCAAGAUAUUUUUCCAUGAGAUGUUUCGAAGGCUAGUGAUGCUUUUUUUAUUUCAAAAUCGUUACACUAUUUUAAUUCAACUCAUUUUGUUUACAUUUUAUAUGUUUUUCAUAUUGUCUCCCCUUUUCUAGAAACGUCAGAACUUCAAAAGAAUAUACAAGAGUUGGUUUGGAACCUCUCUGCAUUAAGAGAUUACUCGGUAGGAGUAAUUCUAAAUCAUUAACAGUGGUCAGUUAAACGCAAAAGUGCACUGAUGUGAAAUACAUGGAUACAUAUAUGUACAUAGGACUAAUGGCCCCAAAAGGACUUUUAACUCCCUGAUUGUUAUUGAUUGUAAUGGAACAGAAAUAUACAUAUUUUAAACAGAGCUUUAAUAAUUCCCUGGAGCGCAGGCUGAAGGCAUCGCUUUUGUGUUAACAACACUGCAUGUCUUCUGUUUUAACUUCUGCAGUGUAGUGAUCUAAAUUUAUUUCUAAUCCGAGACUGUUGUGUGCCUGGGGGAGACUGAUAAACAUUGCUAUAGGUCAUCUUAAGUGUCUUUAUCACAGACAUUAUCAGCUUUGUCCUAAAGAAUAGCACCUAUAUAGCCAUCAUCGUCAUUAAAUCAUUAUGACCAAGAAAUGAGGAGAGAGUAUUAUUCUACAAAGAAACUUGAUCACGAAUAUAAAUUUGCUUUUUUUUAUUGUUAUAGGUUUCAGGGGAUGUAAAAGAACUGAAGAAAAACGUAAGUUUGCCAUUCAUUCGCCUUCUUUAAUAAUCGUAAUGAUCAUCUUAAUCUUAAUAAUAAUAAUAAUGAUAAUGAUUGUAAAUCAUCAAUAACAAUAAAACAUUUAUUAAAAAAAUGAUAUAAUGUUAAAUGGUUUCUUUUCUUUUCUUUUCUUUUCUUCCUUUUGUUAGGUCUCAGCAGGUCUCAGUGCGAAGUGUGAUUUUUUUCAGGCCUUAUUUUCACUACUGCCUAAGUAGUGCACAUCACUGCGAAGAUCACUUUCAUUCAUGUCUUUAUCCGCAGUUCAAAUAUAUGACCUUCAUAUAUUCUUAACCGUCUAUUCAUCACUUCACGGGUUUAUUUAGAACCACCAUCAUGACCAGCUCCCAGUUGGCUUGUUAGCUCAGUUGGUAGAGCGCUGCACCGGUAUCGCAGAGGUCAUGGUUUCAAAUCCCGUACAGGCCUGAAAUUUUUUUCAGGCCUUAUUUUCACUACUGCCUAAGUAGUGCACAUCACUGCGAAGAUCACUUUCAUUCAUGUCUUUAUCCGCAGUUCAAAUAUAUGACCUUCAUAUAUUCUUAACCGACAAUAGUUUGGCCCGUUUUAUUUUUUAGGGCAAAAAUACAGAGCUAGAGGAUAUCCGUCUCGCAGUACAGGAUGCUGCCCAAACUUUGACUGGUCUGAAUACAAGCGUAAAUGAGAGGUUUCUGUAUUUUCAAAAAAGAAUCAUGCAACUGGAUCAAAAGGUACAUAUACUUGAAUGUAUUAUUGGGUGCCAUUUCGUACCGAAUUUCGAAUCAACCUCUGACUGACCUUUCACUUUCACUUUCACUUCUAUUUUCACUGUCACUGUCACUGUCACUGUCACUGUCACUGUCACUGUCACUGUCACUGUCACUAUUACUGUUACUUUCACUGUCACUGUCACUGUCACUGUCACUGUCACUAUUACUGUUACUUUCACUGUCACUGUAAAUACCAAUUUCAUUUCCAUUGUCAUUGACACCGUCACUUUUAUUGUCAUUGACACUGUCACUUUCUCUGUCACUGUCACUUUCACUUUCUCUGUCACUGUCAUUGUCACUGUCAUUCUUAUUGUAAUUGCGGCAGUUGGCAUUGUCAUUACAAUUAUCAUCAUUUUCAUUGUUAUCAUCAUGGUAAUGGUUACUGUGAAUAUCAUUGUUGUUGUUGUUGUUGUUUUUUUUAAUUGAGUAGGUGAAAAAUACUACUGGCAGCACGAGCGUCAGAGAACCACCUGGAGUCAACGGUUCUAAUGGAGACGUUGGACCUGCCGGACCCGCCGGACCUUCCGGAUAG